AUGAUACUUAGAAGAUUUCUUUUAUUUAUAUUUUUUCUCAAAGUUUCUAUUCUUCUUGCUGCUGAACAAAAAUUUAAAAUUGUAUGUUAUUUCUCAAAUUGGGCAUAUAAACGUCCCGGUGGUGGUUCAAUGACUCCAGAAGAUAUUGAUCCUUGUUUAUGUACACAUAUUAUAUAUGCAUUUUCUGAAAUGGAAAAUAAUCUAUUAAUACCAACUGAAAAACAUGAUUUAAAAGAUAAUAAUCAAGCAGGUUUUUUCGAACGAUUUAAUGCAUGGAAAAGUGUUAAUAAAAAUAUAAAAACUUUACUUGCUGUUGGUGGUUGGGAUAUGGGAAUGAAAGAUUUUGCAGGUAUUGUUAAAUCGGAAAAAACAAUGAAAAGUUUUGCAGAAUCAUCUAUUAAAUAUUUACGUAAACAUAAAUUUGAUGGUCUUGAUCUUGAUUUUGAAUAUCCGGGUGUUGAUUGGAGAGAUAGUCCAAGAGAAGAUAAACAAAAAUUUACAAGAUUAUGUGAAAUUUUAUAUGAAACAUUUGAAAAAGAUGCUGAAAAAAAUGGAUAUGAACGUCUUCUUUUAACUGCUGCUGUAGCAGCUGCUAAAGUUAAUAUUGAUAAAGCAUAUGAAGUGGAUAAACUUGUUCCAGUUCUCGAUUGGUUUAAUUUAAUGACUUAUGAUUUUCAUGGAUCAUGGGAUCAAAAUCGUGCUCAUCAUUCAUCUCUUAAUAGUAAAGAUGGUGGAAACGAUGAUACAAUGUAUAUUGAUUUUGCUGUUAAAUAUUUUCAAAAAUUAGGUAUGCCAGCAAAUAAAAUGAUGUUAGGUUUAGGUACAUAUGGUCGAGGUGAUACACCAGCUAUGCCUUAUACAGGUUUUAAAGGUGAAAAUGGUUUUGUAGCAUAUUAUGAAAGUUGUAUUCAAAUUGUUUGUGAAAAAAUGAAAGAAACAUGGGAUGCUAAACAACUUGUUCCAUAUAUAGCAGGUCCAUAUAAUCAACCAAAAGCUGGUGUAGAAAAUGUUCGAAGUAUGAAAUAUAAAGCAAAUUAUAUAAAACAAAAUAAUUUGGGUGGUGCUAUGAUUUGGACACUUGAUAUGGAUGAUUUUCGUGGUCAAUUUUGUUGUCAAGGAAAAUUUCCAUUAAUACGAACAAUUAAAGCUGUUCUACAUGGACAACUUAAAUUAUUACCAAAAGAAAAAAUUUGUUCAACUUGUCCAACUAAUGAAUAUAAAAAUUUUAAACCAAAUUCUCAAUAUCAACAGCCACAAACAACAGAAAAAACAACUAAAAAACCAAAAAUAUCCAAACGUGAUGCAGAAGGACCAACACCAGAAGAUGUUUGUGAAGAAUUAAAAGAUGGACAAUGGCCAGAUCCAACUGAUUGUAAAAGUUAUUUCUUAUGUCGUGGUGUCGGUAGUCAAUGGGGUGAACAAAAACGUGAAAUGUGUUAUGCUGGUUCUUAUUUUGAUCCUAAUGAUAAAUCAUGUAAAUGGGUUGGUGCUGAUAAGCUUAAUUGUGAAGAUUUAGUCGAAGGUUAUGAUAAUCCAGUUGCUAGUGUAACACAAUCAACAUCAAAUGAUGAUGAUGAUGUUGAAGAUGAAGAUAUAACAGAUGAAAUGGGUAAAUCAACAAAAAAGAAACUAUCUAAAUCCUCCUCCUCCUCCUCCUCAUCAUCAUCAAAUAAACCAAUAUCAAUAUUAAGUCGAACAAUAUCUGAAUAUGAUACAUGUACACCAGAAAAAUCUGUUGAAUUUGAUCCUGUACAAGGUAUGCUUUGUUACUCUUGCGAAAGUCAGAAGGAGAACAGCGAUUGUCAAUUAAAUCCCAAUCAGACAACAACAAUGAUGUGCGAAUCAAUACAACAAAUUUGUUACAGCAAAAAAACUAUAAACGCCAUCGGAAAACUAAUGCAAUUCAGUCGUGGUUGCACAAUGCCACCAUUAUCGACGGGCAAUAUUACUCAAGAAUUACAAUGCCUAUCAAGCAAAACCGACGGAAAGACUAUCUGCGUGAAAUAUUGCCAGGACAAUUUAUGCAACAAUCAGGAUAUAAGCGAUGGCGCACUAUCAAUUACAAUCGAUCGAAUGACAUUCAUCAUUUAUUAUCUUCUAGCUCUAAUAUUAAUGAUCAUAACAAUACAAGAUUAUUGUUAA